AUGGAAGUGUGGAAAUUCACAGAGACACACGAAUGGAUAACAACAGCAAAUGCUACGGAGCAGCGGGCACCGGCGACUUUGCACCGGAAGCUGUGGGAGAUGUUUCCGGUUGUCUGCCCGAGGUUGGGCCAAAAUGGAAAAAGCAUAGACGAAUUUGGUGCUUUGGAAAGUGUGAAAACUGCCAGUGGGCUCCAUUCUCCUCUUUCAGGAGAAGUCCCUGAAAUUAGUGAGGCACUUGCUGAAAAUCCAGGGCUUGUCAGCAAACCUGUUAUGAAGAGGCUGGCGGACGAAGACGACAGCGAGAGACCCUUCAGAACUAGAUGGGUGAAGAAGCCUCUGAAAAAAUAUGAGAAAUCUACUGAGGACUGA